AUUAUUCCCCCAUUCAUGGCAGAAACAUGAGAGCGCUUGGGUCUGUGGGGCAUCUGGAGAACUGACUGUGUAAGGACAGCGUGGUGCCUUGUUGUUUGUCUUGUUUCCUUAAGCUUUCCAUAUUUUCCACUGUGUUUCAAAACCAGGAAGUGGUGUCACAGCACUAGGCCCCUCCCUCUCUUCACCUGAACAGAGGGAGGGGCCUCACUGAUUCUGACAAGGGGAAAAAAACAAGGAAGAGCUCAGAAGCAGGCAGUUCAGUGUGUCUGUUCACAAGCCCAGAUUGUGCCUCGGAGACGGAUAUAAAAGAGGAGAUUACCCUGCUGGUGGGUUUCUCAACGCGGAUAUGGACGUACCGGAUUCUCCCAAUGGGAAGAUGGGGCUGUUGAGGACCUUUGACUCCCCUGAGUUUGGCAGCUGGGAGAAAAUAGGCUCAGGUGGAUUUGGACAAGUAUACAAAGUCCGGCACGUACAGUGGAAAACAUGGCUGGCUAUCAAGUGCCCUCCCUGCCUUCAUAUGGAUGACAAGGACCGUUUGGAGCUGCUGGAGGAGGCCAAGAAGAUGGAGGCCGCCAAGUUCCGAUAUAUCCUGCCUGUGUACGGGAUCUGCGACGACCCCCAGGGCCUCGUCAUGGAGUACAUGGAGACCGGCUCCCUGGAGACCCUGCUGGCCACCGAGCCGCUGCCCUGGGAGCUGCGCUUUCGCAUCAUCCACGAGACCGCGGUGGGAAUGAAUUUCCUCCACUGCAUGAGCCCGCCGCUGCUCCACCUGGACCUGAAGCCAGCCAACAUCCUGCUGGACGCUCACUAUCACGUCAAGAUAUCUGAUUUUGGCCUGGCCCGGUGGAACGGCCUGUCACGGGCUGAUGACAUGAGCAGAGACGGCUUCUGUGGCACCAUCGCCUACCUACCACCCGAGAGCAUCAUUGAGAAGGACAGAGUGUCGGACACCAAGCAUGAUGUAUACAGUUUCUCCAUCGUCAUCUGGGGGAUUCUCACUCAGAAGAAACCCUACCAAGGUGAGAAUAAUAUCCUUCAGAUCAUGGUAAGGGUGGUGAAGGGGGUGCGUCCAGACCUGGCUGCUGUGCCCCGCUGUCGGCCCUCAGCCUGUACAGGAUUCCUGAGCCUCAUGCAGCGCUGCUGGACCACAAACCCUGAUGCCAGACCCAGCUUCCAGGAAAUCACAUCUGAAGCUGAGGAGCUCUGCUCAAAACCUCAAGAUGAGCCCAAGACGCCGACCUUAUUGACGUCAGAGCCGGAGCCCACGUCGCCUAACCCACUAACUAGUGACCAGGUCAAAGAGAACAAGCUGGUGCGUCCAAAGUCGGCCAUGUUGCCGGAAAAAGACUACAGCCUGUCGGAGCUGUUGAGCCAGGUGGAUUCUGGGAUCUCGAGAAGCUUUGAUCGAGUGAAGGAGGAUAGCUGCCACAGCAAAGAGAGCACUUGCAAGAGGUUGUCUGGCAUCUCCUCUGCUGAUUCAGCCUUCUCCUCCCAAGACUCUAUCACGCUGUCUUUUGAGAAAGAAAACACAUACGAUUCUGCUGAGGUCCAGAGGCGGAAGCUGUGCGAGGCCAUCAGGACCAAAGACACAGCCAAGCUGAUGAAGAUCCUCCAGCCUCAGGAUGUCGAUCUUCUCCUCGACGGGGGAGGCAGCCUGCUCCACCACGCCAUAGUAUUGGCCAACGAGGAGGCUGUCAAGUUCCUCCUCAUGAACAAUGCCAACCCCAACCUUGCAAACGCCCGUGGCUCCACCCCCCUGCACCUGGCCACGGAGAGGCACCUGAAGCCUCUGGCAGAGCUUCUGCUCGGGCGACGCUGCACAAACGUCAAUGCCAAGGACGAGGACCAGUACACGGCUUUGCACUGGGCGGCCCAGAACGGGGACGAGGCCAUCUCGCGCCUGCUGCUGGACCGGGGGGCGGCCAUCAACGAGACCGAUGGCCAGGGACGCACGCCGGCUCACGUCGCGUGCCAGCACGGCCAGGAAAACGUAAUCCGGGUGCUGCUUAGCCGCGGGGCUGAUGUUCACAUCAAGGGUAAGGACGACUGGACGGCGCUCCACUUGGCCGCAUGGCAAGGGCACCUGGGCAUCGUCAAGCUGCUGGUGAAGCAGGCCUGCGUCAACGUCGAUGGGCAGACGACGGAUGGUCGCACGCCACUGCACCUGGCUUCCCAGAGGGGGCAGUACCGAGUUGCACGGAUCCUGAUCGAGCUAGGGGCAGAUGUUCACAUGACGUCCGCUGGGCUAAACGCAGCCCUACACGUGGCGGCAGAGACGGGUCACACCAGCACCUCUCGCCUUUUGAUCAAACACCAGGCAGACAUUCACAGCAGGAACGCCAACGGACUCACCCCUCUCCAUCUUGCCUCCCAGCGAGGCCACCUGGCCACAGUUAAGAUGUUGAUAGAAGAAGGUGCAGACCCCUACAGGUCCGACCAGGGCCUACGCACCCCCUGCCACCUGGCAGCGGAGAACGGUCACUGUGAAGUCCUGAGAGAGCUGCUCCUUCACUGUCCAGAUGGCGGCGCUCUGUCGGACGAGCAGGGGCUCAGCCCACUACAUCUGGCACUGCAGGGCGGGUACUCAAACAUCAUCACUAUGCUAGUGCCGCAGGACUGCCAGGACACCGAGCGCUCGGUGCAACCGGUGGCCGAACAGCCUGCGCCGCCGGAGGCUCGGCCGCUCCAGAGGAAAGUCGUCAUUCUCAAGCUAACGGAGCACAAAGACUGCCCUGAAUCCACCGGCACACAAUGCGCCUCAGCGCCAUGCUAACGAGAGCAAAGACACUGCCAAGCCUGUACAUUACUGCCCUUACUGUCUUUUUUUUUUUUAUACUCCCAUAGUGCCUCAGUGUUAGGCUCGAUGGGUCAUACCAAACUUAAGAGGGUUUUGGGACUUAAAAGCUCUUUCAGCACUGUAGGUAUUCCCUACAGAAAAGCUUUAAUGUAAAUAUGUACACUGUGAAUAGAAAGUAUAAAUACUCUUUUGUGUUCAAAUUUUUGUUUACUUUUUUACUUAAAAAGCACAAUUUCUUUUUUACUAAACAAGCACCAGCAUCAGAAUUAUGAUAUGGGAACGUUGCAUUAUAGCGAACUGCAGCUGGUAUUUCUGUCAGUCAUAUUUAAGAGAGCACAGAGGGAAAGCUGUAGAUCAUCAGAGCCAUUGAUUAAAAAAAAAAAACGUUGACCUUCAGUGUUCUGAACCUGUUACAUAUCAGUGCUGCAUCAUCCAUUAAAA